UUUUCUUACAAACGUUACAAAACUUGGAAAUAAAAAACAUAUUGCUUCAAAAAAUCAGGGAAUUCUCUCAGAAGAUUACCGGUGAGCUGAGAAGAAACGCCGGGAAGGGAAGGAGCACCCGACCGGCAAAGCGGCAAAAGGGCUGAUAAUUUACGACGCAUGAGUAUCUCAGCAGCUGUCACUCUUGCUUCACUUGGUCAUCUUGCCGAAGCUUCCUCUUCUCCUUCAUUCCCUACAUCCGCGAGUUUGCUUUCUGGAGAUAACCAUCCCCACUCUUAUAAGUGGCGCUUGGUCAUCGCUUACGAUGGAACCCGAUUUUCAGGUUGGCAAUAUCAACCAUCAAUUCCAACAGUUCAGAGCAUAUUAGAACGGCCUUUAACUCGAAUUACAAAACUGGAACACAAAGAUCUUCACUUGGUUGGUGCAGGCCGAACGGAUGCAGGGGUUCAUGCCUUGGGUCAGGUGGCACACUUUAUUACACCUUUCAACUUUGACACACUGGAUGGUAUCCACAGAUCAAUAAAUGCUCUUCUUCCUUCUGAUAUUAGAGUCAAAGAAAUUAGUGCGGCUCCUCAUGAAUUCCAUGCUCGUUUUUCUGCGAUUUGCAAAACUUACGAGUACAAGAUCUACAAUGGCACCAUUUUGGACCCCUUUCAGAGGCUAUAUGCUUACCACAGUGACUAUAAACUUAAUGUUGAUGCCAUGAGAGAUGCUGCAAAAUAUUUCAUAGGGAAGCACGACUUCUCAGCUUUUGCCAAUGCAUCUCGGGAUGACCGAGUGAGAGAUCGUGUGAAGAACAUCCUCCAGUUUGAUGUAAUUGAAACGGGACCUAUAUUGCAGCUUAGAGUUGAAGGAUCUGGUUUUCUUUACAGACAAGUUAGAAACAUGGUGGGUUUGUUGCUUCAAGUUGGAAGGGAAGCAGUUCCACCUGAUAUUAUUCCCAAGAUUUUGGAAACUUGUGAUAGAAAGCAACUUGCAAAGUAUGCAUUGUCACUUCCACCGCAUGGCCUGUGUCUUCGAGCUAUCAAUUAUAAAGAAGAACAUCUACAUCUUCCGCUGGGUAGCCCGGUUACCAGUUUUGGUAUGCAUCAUAGCAUAAGAACAUGUAAGCUUCCAUACUCAUAGGGCUGGCUGGUGCCGAGUGCUGACGUGCCUCUCAAGUAUGAGAUAUAUUUAUUAUCUUUUGUAAGCCGUAGUUUUGACUUGGGGAAAUUUUCUGUCACUCAGUUCUUUAUGUGAAUGAUGUAUGCUUUGAUAGUUGACAUUGAUCCUUCUGGGGUUAAUGCGUACAGUAUGCACUUGUGGGUUGUAGAUAGGGGUCAAAGUGGUCUUUGACACAGAUAAUUAGUCUAAACUUUUGGAUUUUCUUUUAAAGAUGAAGUUCUUUAUUUGAAAAUUUUGGAUUUUCUUUAUUCCUAAUAUUAGAGCCAUGAGCCCAUGAGUCC